AUGUGGUGUGGCAAUGAAAAGUACCAAGAGCUCAACGAACAAAAGGGAUCUUGGGAAGUGUUCAAGUUGGCCUUGUGGCUCUUUUUCACACACGAUUGCCUCCAGUUAGCGUCAUCCAUUUCAUUCUUUAAAGUACUCCGUGACUAUGCUUCCUUUGGUACAAAGGUGUCUGCUGGUUUCAAAAUUGGGUUUACCAUAUUGGCCAUGAUGUAUUUCUUGGGCUUUGAAGUUCCAAAACGUUAUUGUUGCAAGAGAAUUAGUGAUACUGGUGACAAAUUAAAGAAUCUUGGUAAAGAUAAGAAGGGAGAUGGUGCUACUACUACGACUGAAGGUGGAGAUAUUGAAAAAGGAGAGACAAAAAAGAAAGAAAAGAAACAAAAGAAUGAUGAAGAUGAAGGGUGUAGUUGUUGUUAA